ACUGAUUCUUCAGCACCAUGGACAAAUGCUCGGAGGCUGCAUCUCCUUCUUGCAGAGGCAGAUCCAAGAAACCCUAUCUCCAAAGCUCCAAGGUCCAAUCGCCGAGCCCCGUUCGCUUCAGCUCACAGACGCCGGAGAAACCGCCGCAGCGGAUCCGUAACCGCGGCGUCGCGCUCUCUAUCGCUGACAUAAGAAAAGCCGGCAAACGUUUACAGGAAAUGAACCCAAGCAGUGAAACGACAUUGUCGCAGCAGAGCAAGGGUGUGAGGAGACAGAUCUCACUGUGGCCUUCUUCUCCCAGUAAAUCCAAGAUUACUCAUGAUGAAUCCUCCAAGCUUCCCGAAAAAUAUGAGAUUUUGGAUCAGUUCUUCGAUCGUUUGGAUACUUUGAUUUCAAUGUUCCGCCUCAAAGGGAAGACUCCAUCCUUUACAGAGAUCAGUUCUAGAAUUGAAUCUUUAACUGACAGGAGGUUUACUCAUGGGCAUCUAGCCCAAUUGAAAUAUAUCUUGCCUGAGGCUAUUGUUCUUAAGAAGUUUCUUGUGCAUGACGAACGGACUUGUUGUAUGAAGCCGGAUAUUCAUAUUUCUUUAAACCCUGAAGCGGUAGAGUCUGGUGCAAAAGGGCACUCUCAACGUAGGAGAGUGUCGUUGAAGAAGUUGUUUCAGUCCCGACUAAGGGAUUUUUUGGAAUCUCAUCCCGAGGUUGAUGAAAUUCCAGAAGGAACAUUGCCCGAACCAUUCAAUCGCCCAAAGAAAGACAAUAUUUUGGACAUGUUAGAAACUCGUCUCCCAACGAAAUUGUCAACCUGCAUGCGCUACAAUGACAUUGUCAAUAAUACAGAGUCAGCUGACAUAGAUGAAAAAUUGUUAGUACCUAUCAAGACAUCAGCUGAGUUGCCUAAUGAGCAUUUGAAAGCACCUUCUGUCAUUGCUCCAUCCUUUAGAGCUCGAUUUUCUUUGAAAUUUAAACUACAUGGAGCAGAUGAUGUGCAACAAAAUUCUCCAUCAGAUUCAUUGCAACCUUCCCCAUCUGAUUUGGCUUCAGAAGCUGCCAGUAGUGUAAAUUGUUCAACAAGUUGUGCAUCUCUGGAAUCAUCCAGUGCUCUCCCUUCUACUCCAAGCAAAUCCAUUGUGUACACAGAAAACAAAGAUGGGUCUCUCACGAGCAUUGGUGCCGUCUCAACUGCCACGAGAAAAACCUUUGAGUACCCCGAAAACAAAGAUGGAUCUCUCACCAGCAUUGAUGCCGUCUCAACUCCAGCUAGAGAAAUCAAUGAAUGCACAGUAAACAAAGAUGGUUCUCUUACAAGCAUUGAUGCCAUGUCAACCCCAGCUAAACUUAUUUCUACUCCAAUUAGGUUGAUGAGUGCCACACCUGCAUUGUGUUCACCCAAAAGACAUUAUAUGAGCCCAGAUGACCACUCUACCAGUUCUUUGAACAAGUUAGCUAGGCGUCCACCUCGCUCAAGGUCAUUGAAAUUUGACACUCCAGUGAAGAACAAGGAGGCUAUGAAUGAAGACAAUACCGGUGCCUUACCAAUAGAUGAUGACGUUUUUGACAUCCUCCCUGGAAAACUUAUCCAAUCGAUUAGGGAAAAGGAAAGAAUAGCGAUGGAGGAAAGGGACCCAGCUAUCACUCAAGCAAAGAAAAGGAAAAAAAUGAUAGCAAACCUCCCUAAGCUGUUUGAUAUGAUUCGCCUCUUGCUUCGACAGCGUAAUUGUAUCACGAAAGUGGAGCUUGUGAGCAAAAUAAUCUCAAGCCACAGCGAUAUUGUUGAUAGAAGUGAAGUUGAAGAGCAGCUAAGUUUGUUGCAAGAACUAACACCGGAAUGGAUUUCUGAGAAGCAGGUCUCUAGUGGGGAUUUUCUAAUAUUCAUAAACAAACUGUUGAGCCCUGAAACCAUUCGAGCAUCUCUUGAAGAAGCAACGUAGUAAGCAGCAAAUGUUGUAUCUUGGGCUUCUCGUUGAUGCGCAAUUGAUUAGGCUGUGCUUUGUAAAUGGUUGAGUUUCUCAAAAUAGUCAGAUUAUUGUUGACUGUUUAUUGUACAGGAUAUUGUGCAUCCUAAUUUAAGCUGUUAAAUAUGCUGUAUUUAUGUCAUUUUA